CUACACCCUUUUCCACAAGUAACAUGUUCUAUGUACUCUUUUCUAUCAUCCCAUAGCUCAAUUCUCACGGCACUAUAGUCUACUAUUAAUCACAAAGAAUUCAUUCAUAUUAGAGUAGUAUAUGGUCAAAAACAGACUAAAAUAUACAUAAAAACACAAAAUUUCCUCCAUCUCCUACUAGUGAAAUGUCAAUAAUACCCUUAGGAAACUUCUAUAGGAUCAACACUUACAUUUAAAUCUUUUUUUUUAUUUGAUUUGACUUUUAAGUAGGCCCAUAUUAGUCUAGUCUCUAGUUUAGACCCAUAUCUAUAGCUACCAUAAUAUAACUUCCAAUUCUCAUGAUUUCUCAAACCAAACAAAAACCUAGUACCUUAAAAAGCAAAAUUUUCAUUAACAUGUUGAACCCUUUUGUUUGUGGAACAUUCAAUCCAAUAGAUGAUGAUGAACUAUUUGCAAAUCCAGAUUCAAGCCCAAGAAGAUACAAAAGAAAAAAUAGCAAAAACAACCCUUAUUCUACACGUGGCUUAGAUAAAUUUUCAGCACUUUUAUCUGAUUUAAACGAUAAAAGGCAGAAAAUUUAUUCACAAAUGAACCCUCAUGAUAUUUCUUACAUUCGUUUUGUUCACUCAAAUAAAGACGAUUUUGUCCCUAUUAUUGUUAAGGUGAAAAACAAGAGCCAAGAGAUAAAAGUAGUGAAAGCAAGAAACUUGACGAAUUCUUCAACUGAUCAAUCAUCAAGUGUUGUUACUAUGGAAAAAAGAAACCAACCCAAGAAGAGAAUCUCUAUGAAUGUGAAGAAAAUUGAAAUGGAUAAGCCUAUGCUGUAUUUGGCAUUUGUUGUGAUUAUGAUUUUGCUUAUGUUGACUGUUUUUGGAAGAACGGUUACAACAAUUUUCACCUGUGUUUUGUGGUAUGCUAAUCCAACUAUGAAAGAUGGUUCUUUGAGUUCAAGAACUUCUAUGAAGAAAGAUUUUGGUAGAGGCUUGAGUGAGAAGAAAAUGGUUGUGACGAGUGAUGAAGGGGUGAAGAAAAAAGAUUAUGAGAGAUGGUUUAGUGAAAGGAAAAUGGCGAUUAAUGAAGGGGUUAAUGAGAAGAAGAAAGAUUAUGUUAGAAGAUGGAGUGAGAAGAAAAUGGUUAGUGGUACUAAUGAUGGAUUAGUUUCUCCAAGAAGUGGUGGUGAUUCUGAUGAAGCUUCUUCCAAGAACAAGAUUCAUGGAAAACGUUCACACAGGAAAAGUUAGUGAUCAUUGUGUAUUUUUUUGUUCACUCCCUUUGAAUUGUUCUUUCUUCUUUUUUCAUGUUUCCAUUUUCUUAAUUAGGAUUAGAAUUUUAGCUUUGUGAAAUGUGAAUAUGUGUACAUUUUUUUUCUUUGAAAACUUCUUGAAAAGAGUUGACUAUUCAACCUUUCUUGUUAAAUGUUCGUUGGAUCAUGAUAGUGGAAUUUCAAUUUACAA